CUAGGAUCUUCAGUUAAACUCAGAAGUCACUCUCCCUGAUGGCAAGGAGUCCAGAGGAACAAUGAAGUCUCUCCAAUUCAUGAGUGCUGAAACAUUCGUGUCAAAUGCAGAGUUUGCCAGGAAGAGUCUCAGCAGUGUUGCUCCUAACCUUUUUCCUCUUCUUUUUAAAGCCAGCUAUUUACUGGAGCAAGGUCAAGUGAUCCAUGACUUGGUAGAGAACUGGCCACUUGCUGACUUUAACAUGGGAAAACUUUUGGGAAGCACCAUGGACUACCAGGAAGACCUGACACACAGAACAUGCUCAGUGUGCUUGGAAAGCUGUCUGACAGGACUGAGAGACUAUGUGUUGAAUCAUUCUACUCCCUACGUGAAAAGGUUGAAGGUCGUCGACCUGACAGCUAUAAAGGAUGUUGAAGUUCAGUUUUGUCAGUGUAAGAAGACAAUGGGCAGGUGGGCCAGGACACAGCUGCUCUCUAAGCUUUGUUUAGAACUGCUGGUUUACCUGCAACAAACACAGUGCAAUAUGGGUACCUUUGAAAUCAGUAUCGAUGUGCUAAUUGACUUAUUUGUUACAGAGCGGAACUACGAGCUGGUAGUGCAGACGCUGUUGAAGAAGUGCUGUUGUCCAUUGAAGGUCUGCUGUGUGGCAUUCAGAUCUGACAACUUGGCUUUACAGAAAUUCUUCUAUAUCAUAAAGCUCACCGAUCCAUCCUUGUUGCGCAAACUGGAAGUGGUUCACAAUGUUCACUUGGAAAUGGAACACUUGGAAAUACUCUUCAACAGUGUCCGCUUCCCUCUGUUGAUGUCCUUGACCUUGCCAGCACGAACAUUUAAUGUGCAGAGGUUCACAGCUACAGAUGAACGGAUGCUUACUAACAUAGGAGAAAAGAUGGCUGAAAUGACGCAGCUGACUGAGCUGAGUAUGUCAUUUUCUAUACUCACAGGAAGACUACAGAAACUCCUCAGUCCACUAAAAACUCCACUGAAGAUACUCGAUGUUUCUAACUGCUCACUGAACCAUGCUGAUAUGACAUAUUUAGCCAACAGCUUCCACGCUUACCACUUAGAAACCCUGGACUUGAGUGGUCACAAUAUACCUGACUUUUACUCAUCAAUAUUCUUUAAGCUUCUCAGCCGUUCCUCUUCAGUGCUAAGGAGUCUUACCUUGGAGGACUGCAACAUCCAAGACAUUCAUGUCAACAUGUUGAUUUUAGGUUUAAGCUCUUGUCAGAAACUACAGGAGUUUAAGUUUCUUGGAAACCCACUGUCAUCCCAUGCACUUAAACACCUUUUCACAUUUUUCUGUGAGUUGCCAAUGCUGAGAAAUGUGGAGUUCCCAGUCCCAAGGGAUUGUUAUCCUAUUGGCAUCACCUACCCAAUUGAUGAUGCCAGUCUCUGCAGAUUUGAUCACCAAAAAUAUGAAGAUGUAGUAAAGGAGCUUAACCUCAUUUUACUCAAAGCAAAUAGGGAGGAUGUGAAGGCUUCAACUCCCCUCUUUGGCAGUUAUGAUGCAGCUGUUCAAGAGACAAACAAUGAACUGGGAGCUUACUUGAUCAAGUCAUUCAAAGAGACUUUAGAAAAACUUACUACAUCUCUUAACAAAAGUAAUUAAGUUGUAGCUUAAGUUGUAGCUGUAAUCAACAAGUGUUUAUAUGCUCUGUCAAGCCAGGAGUUAAUUUAGUCUCUUCUGCAACUUCAUUGAUCAGUCUACUAAUUUCUAAUCUGAAUUUACUUCUGUUUGAAUACCCUUGAUCAUCUGAGGUAUUUUAACUAUACUGUACCAACGGCAUACCACUUACAUAAGCAUUACUUGCUCUCAAAAGAUCAGAGAACCCUUAAUAGUUUAUUAUUUUACACAAAAGCACUUUGUUUCUCAGUAGAACAAUAGGUGUCAAAGUUUGACUGAUUUCUUAUACAAUUUCUUCUGCCUUUGGCAGUGAGUGUUGCAGCCCUACAAAAAAGGCAGGAAAGUCCAGCAGGAUGUUCCAAAGGUUUGGUUUUUGGUUUUCCCUUGGCCUUCUGAAUUCACCAGUCUGUUUUAUACAGUACAUUCCCAACAGUGAGGGAUGUAUAACAACCUCCAUGUAGGUCUACACCUCUCUUUCUUAUGCAGAGGAAAGCACGAUAAACCUGCUUUUGCAAGGGUAACUAUAGAAUUUGUCUAAUACAUUGUGCUAGUGGGGAGUAAAGUUCUGUAACUAGGAGACAGCAAACCAAAUUGUUGGCUGACAGCAGGGGAUUUCCUGUGACUUCCCCCAGCAAUAUAAAGCAGCCUAUGAGGGUUGCUGAAGCUCCCGCAAAGCAUAUUUUACCAAGGUGUAUGAGGACAUACCAUGUUUGUGAUGUCAGCAGGCAAGUGCCUCAAGCUGCUUCCUUUGUUCAAUCAGCUACAUUGUUGCUUUCAGCUGUUUUAAACAAAGUCUACAACAGUGGUAAUAAUGCAAAAAAGACUAGCAUAGAAAACAUGGGGUAAAAUGGAUUCAAUGACAAUUUCAGAAAUUUGGAAAAGGGACAAAACAGGUAGCUGACUAACUAGAAGUUUACCUGCAUAAAAUACUUCCUUCUGCCAUGACUGUGUGUUGAUCUGCUAAAGAAUUAAAACAGGUGCCUGGAAGAAUCACCUGCAAGAAAUGUUUUUGAGUAGUAGAGUACACACAAUCCCAGACCCUCACACACACCAUGUUGGAACAUGGGAAAAUGGGAAAAUGUGCAGGAUCACAAAACAAACCCAGAGAGAGCACUAUAAUGGGGGAGGAAUCCUGCAGCAAGUAGGCAAGUGUCAUAAAAUAGCAUCUCACUCCUGAUACUGCAGACAGACAAAAGAGAAAUAUAUUAGGAAAACUUACCUAUUGUCAACCAAUUUGAGACCUCCUCACAGGCUUUGUAAACUCUACCACAGCCCAAACUGCUCUAAUGUACCAACUUAAUCAGCUUGUAGGUGAUUAAAAAAAAAAAAACAAAAAGAAGAAUGAUACUCAGGUUAAUGCCCAUCACUUUUCCAUUAAAUAUACUUUAACAGUCGGUUAAAACUUGAUCAAAAAGCACUGAAAGUGAAUGUUGUAGCAGGACUUGAGGUGUCAUGGCAGUAUUAAAGAUAAUUAUUAAGAUAACAAAGGCAGCUUAAUUGAAAUAAUACUGGAUCUCAUCAUGUGAGGCUAAGGAAUAAACGUUCUUCAUUUAGGCAGUGCUGUUUUGUGAAGCUUUCUGUUUAUCCAUAAUAAGAAUAUGAAAGCAGCUCAUAACCUAGUUUACAAAAAAAAAAAAAAAAAAUUAAAAAAAAAAUUAUGGACUGGGUACUAAGCUGAGCUUACAGGUUCCACAGCAUGCAUUUUAAAUUCUUUUUUUAUGUCUUGUGUUGGUUUGGUGGGUUUUUUGGUAGUGGAGGAGGGGCCCUAUGGGAGGUUACUGUAAGAAGCUGAAGAGCUUCCCCAGCUGAAGCCAAGGAGCCUUUAUAGAGACAAUACAUGCACCUCUGUGAUUAACAUAAGAAAUAACUGAGAGAAGACCUGAGCAGAGCAAGCAGUUAGGAAGAGCUGAGCUGGAGAGGCAGAGGGUUGACAGUGGUUGACCAGGAAGAAGGCGAAGAAGGUGCCCAAGCAGAAGUUUCCCUGCAACCUAUGGUGAGAUGGCAAGCUGUCCCCCUGCAUUCAUGGAGGAAUGUGAUGGAACAUUCCCUGAGGAAUGGAAGGUGCCAGGAGGGGGUAGACUUGGAUUUGCCGCUAGUGGACUUGGAUUAUGCAGCUGUGGAAGACACCGGUGCUAGGAGAGGUAGCUGUUCCCGAAGCAGCCCCUGACUCUGUGGGAAGCCUGCACUGGAGCAGCUUGCUUCUGACCUUGUGGGAAGGACUCAUGAAGGAGAGGUUCGUGGAAGACUCUCUCCCAUGUAAGGGACCCCAUGGGGAAGCAGGGGCUGUUUCUUUGUUGUCAUGUUAGACCCAAACCAUGACAUGCCUUCUUAACUCGUGCUCUUUUGUCUAAUGUUUCAUUGAUUAAACAUAAUGAUAGUAAAAUUGAAAGUGAGUGGGCAUGACCUGUUUAUGUUACAGAGCACCAAUUAAAAAAAAAAAAAAGGUAAUCAAAGUUGCUGAGCCAAGCAACUGUGAUUAAGAAAAUUCCAGAAUUGGUUCCAUAUGUUAUUACUAAUUUGGACAGAGUUCCACAUGCUCCCUUGUCUUCAUGAUAGUUGUAGAAUACUUGUUAGUAGAUUUAAUAGAAAUAUAGAAAUUAACUAAACUGAUGAAUUUGCUGUACUAAGCUAACGGAAUGUGUUACUUUUAAAACAAUGUGCUUUGUGUAACUCAGUCAAUUGUGUGAAGGAUCCUGCACGUUGUGAUAACAUCAAGUCUUCUAAGAUCUGUCAAGCCAACACACAGUAUUCCAUCAUAUGGUCAUGUUGAUUCUGGACCCACUUGGGCAAUCUUCACGCCUUUUACAUGUAAAUAAAUAACAAAACAGUUGGAGAUUGGUUGAGACCAGGGGAGACAGUACAGAGAAGACAAAAGACUAGAAUCAACAAUGACCCCACAGGAGACCCUCAAGCAUGCAUAAUUAGAAAGAUAAUUAGUUCCAGGAAAAAAUAUUACUAUGUAAAAGAAUCUUGGGAACUCAUGGGAAUAGAACUGAAUGUGCAUGUUUUUUGUGUAUAUUAUUUGGGGUAUUUUGAUAACUUGACCAUUUAUGAUGGAACUAUGCCCAGUUUUGCCUAGUGUUGCCAAUAAAGAAUGCCUGCUCAAUAA